AUUAUUGAAAGCAAGUGACUCGACUUUCAGGUGUGGCCUAAGGCGGCGGUCCCGGAGCCUCCUCCAGUCCUGAGACCACGAACUUUCCUGAUGAACUUCCCGGGAGACGCCUGACACUAGGGAACAAUGCUACCUGUUUGAGACUGUCGGGUUUGACGCGGUUUCAGCUGUAAUGAUUACAUGUACUAACCACUCGGCACUGCACCGUGUAAAAAGUGCUGUUUCAUGAACGGCAAAGGGCACGUCUGGGAUCAAGGAAAAACAGUUGCUAGACUAACGUUAGCUAGCCUGCUGACUGUCAACCAUAUCUACAGACAAGAAGAUCCUGGACGUCUGUUAGUUUGCUAACGUUAACUACUUACCGCAACUUAGUCUCACUAGAGUGAAGUGGCAUUCAUGGGAAAAUGAGGGAACCACCUGGGACAAGAGCAUGGAUGAAGAAAGCAAAGAACAGAUAGACUAACAUAGACAGAGGAAGCAAGGCCACAAGACCCAUAUACAGACAAAUACUACUGGAUACUAUUCCCAAAAAAUAAGUUUAGAUUAAUGUAAAAGCAGAUCAAAAUCAGCAGGCAAAAGGAGAUCUGAAAGUGUGAACCUCAGGUGUAAAGUGAGGCAAGGUGGCAAGGUAGAUAUUGCACACAUGCACGGGUGUGAAAGAUGACAACGUGACAAAGGUUUGAGGGGGAGAGGAGAAAGACUGUUUACAAGAGCAGUUGUUGACAGGAUUCACAGGCUGCAUUAACCUUCAAAUACUAAAAAACAUAUCCAUAUAUUAAAGAUAUUUUCUGCAGUAUUCAGAGUGUUUUUCUGCAAGAAUAUAGGUGAAUGACAGCAAUACAGUCAGAUUUACACUGGGAUUUUAUUAAGCAAUAUGAACUAAGGACAAAUGGGAAGAUAAUUUAGGAAGACAACCCUAGACCCUAAAAAAGAGCUAGAAAACCAACUGGAAUUAGAAACCAACUGGAAUUAAUAUGUAUUGUCUUUUCUGAAUUGCACCAUACUGCUGUAUUGCAGUGUACUGGAUGUCUUAUGCUUGAGUUAGUGGAAGCGGACCGGAGUAAGGUAUGAUCACACUUUUACUUCAUGCAGAGUAGAAUGUGAAAUUAGCUCAGAAAACACCUCAUCAGCAACUUCAGAUUACACAGCAGAUAAACAGAUAAUUGUAGGAUAAAUGUGAAUUAGCUGGAAAUAAAUUGGGAAGAAAACAAAACCUUGGGAAAACAUUGAAGAUGCAAAUGGAGGGAGUUGCAUGUUUUACUUGAGUGAACUGGGAUUUAAGAAAUCGUCUAAACUGGAAAUAAAGGACCACAUUACACUGUGCGUGCACGUAACUGGAAUUGUCUACUGUGAUUAAACUGGUGUUGACGGGAGCACACAAAGACAUGGCAGGAAAGGACUAUAACCACCUCUUCAAGCUCCUCAUCAUUGGAGAUUCAAAUGUGGGGAAAAGUAGUCUGCUGCUUCGAUUUGCCGACAAUUCUUUCUCAGGCAGCUACAUCACAACAAUUGGAGUGGACUUUAAGAUCCGAACGGUGGAUAUUGAUGGCGAGAGAGUCAAGCUGCAGAUCUGGGACACCGCAGGACAGGAGAGAUUCAGAACCAUCACUUCCACGUAUUACAGGAACACUCAUGGUGUGAUCAUUGUAUAUGAUGUCACAAAUCCGGAAUCCUUCAUUAACGUGAAGAGAUGGCUGAAUGAGAUCUCACAGAACUGUGACAAUGUCUGCAAGAUUCUAGUCGGCAACAAGAAUGAUGACCCCUCAAAAAAGCAGGUGGACACCCAAGAUGCUAUGCGUUUUGGGGAAUCUGUAGGCGUCAGGGUCUUUGAGACAAGUGCCAAGGAAAACAUUAACGUGGAAGAGAUGUUUAUGACAUUCACUCACAUGGUUCUCCGAGCGAAGAAACAGAGUCAGAGCCGCGCUGAAAAAGAGCGGGAGAGGGAGAAGGACACUGUCCACAUCAACUCGCACCGAGACAGGGAGAGGAGGAAGAGAGGGAAGAAGUGCUGCUGAAGCAGAGACCAAGAGAGAGCGCUAGCAGAUCGUUCACACUGACUGGACAUAUUCGUACAUUAACAGUUGUAUUGCACUGAGAUGGUGAGAGGGGAAUGAGGAGGAUAUAACCACUGUUAUGUGCCGAAUGUUACUUUUUUUUAUUAUUGUUGUGAUUGUUUUUUAUAAAUUGUCUGUUGAUUUUACUUCAAAAGGGAAAUGAAUGGGUAUUUAUCCAGUAAGUCUCAGUUGGUCAGUGGAGUGACGUGAGAGUUGAUUAGCUAAACCAUGGAUUAAGAAAGACUAACAGGUUGAAAUGGUUCAUCUAUGACUAGUGUGUGAAAUAUCUGUUUUAUUUUAAUAAAGAAAUUGCAAUAAUAGCAAGUUCAAGUAAACAAUAAAAAAUAUA